AAUCAAUGAGGACCCGCAUCGCACCUCUAACACGCAGAGAUAGAGCCUCUCUGCCUCAAGUCUACCAUUCCGGUGUCGAUUCUAUACUGAAAGACCUGAAAACUUGCUCCAAACGGCUUCGCACGACUUUGUCUUCCUACGAGACUGAAUUGAAGAUCCUCGAACGAAUUUAUUAUAAAAGUAAAAAUCAGCAUCGCUCUGCUCUAUUCUGGAGGCGUCUUGUCGAAACAAGAAGGUUUGGAAGGCGAAUUGAACAGAUAGGACUUGGUCCUUUUUUGGACGCGCUAAGAACGAGUUUCUGUCGUGAAGACAAUCCCAAGCUAUUGAAAGGCUCCUGGACACAUUAUCCGGACAAAGCCUUUGUUCUGCGUAUAACGGAGGAAUGUACGCUCUUUUCAAAACUCCUUGACGAAGGGCGAGCGAGGUUGCAGGAAACAUACAGGAUCCUCUCGCUAGAAAUGCAAUCCGGAGCUUUUAUCCACGUCAUCUUAAUCAUACUGUCCAUGGUAUCCAGACUAGCGCUAUUGACAUCAGACUUGUACGAUUCCCUCAACCACGUCAACUCUGCAGUUUUACGUUUGCAGUCCAUUUAUGUAAACAAUACCCUCAUCCAAGAGACCGACAAUUUCUUCCCGAGCGAUCAAAUCAAUCAAUCAUGUUUGAACAGCACCCCAGCACCACCAUCAGACAGAUUAUCGCUGCCACGUGAGUUCGAAUUAUUUUUAGGGUGCUGAGGUUAAUUUUAGUAGGGGUUGCUGUACAAGUUCAAAAACCCCAAACACAGGAUCAGCGGCAAACCAAGAGGAGGAACGCAAU